AUAAUUAUUUGUUCAUUUCUUUUUCAGUUGCAUCUGGUUUUGAUACAGGCAGAGUGUUUGUGAUGGAGGGAGAAUCAGUCAUUCUACACACUGGUGUUAAAACAAACCAACAAGACAGAAUCAGAUGGUAUUUCAAUGACACUCGCAUCGCUCAAAUCACUAAAGAUCUCAGCAAGAUCUGUACAGAUGUUCAGUGUAAUGAAGGUACUGAGAGAUUCAGAGACAGACUGAAGCUGGAUAAUCAGACUGGAUCUCUGACCAUCCUGAACAUCAGAACCACAGAAUCUGGAGUCUAUAAACUACUGAUAAGCAGCAGCAACAUCGACAGAGAAAAUAGCUUCAGUGUUAUUGUACAUGACGUUCCUGCUGCUGAACAAGAUAAAAUGAAGAGAAAGUCAGUGAAGGAGGGAGAAUCUAUUACUUUACAUUUGGAUGGAGUAAAAAAAACAAAUAAUUUAAAAAUAUGGUAUUUUAAUGACACUCUCAUCACUGAAAUCACUGGAGAUCAGAGUAAGAUCUGUACAGAUGAACAGUGUAAGGAGAGAUUCAGAGACCGACUGAAGCUGAAUGAUCAGACUGGAUCUCUGACCAUCAUAAACACCAGAACCACAGACUCUGGACUUUAUAAACUACAGAUCAACAGCAGCAGAUUCAGCAUCAUAAAGACAUUCAGUGUUACUGUCACUGCUGUUCCAGAUUCAUCUGCUGCUGCUGUUGUUGUUGUUGCUGCUGUUCUGCUGGUUGCAGCUGCUGAAAAAAGGACAAAGCACAAUGAUCAGGAUCAGGAGAAUAGUGGAGAAGGACGGCCCCUUAUUGGUGCUGAUAGAGAGAAAUCCACUGAUGAAACUAACACACUGAAUAAUCCUUCUGAAGAGAAAUCCACUGAUGAAACUAACAACACACUGAAUAAACCUGCUGAAGAGAAACCCUCUAAUGAAACUAACAACACACCGAAUGAACCUGCUGAAGAGAAACCCUCUAAUGAAACUAACAACACACCGAAUGAUCCUGCUGAAGAGAAACCCACUAAUGAAACUAACAACACACCGAAUAAACCUGCUGAAGAGAAACCCACUGAUGAAACUAACAACACACCGAAUGAUCCUGAUGGAGUGAAACCCACUAAUGAAACUAACAACACACAGACGUGUCCUGCUGGAGGGGCAACCACUGAUCAGGCUGAGAUCCUGCAGAUGGGAGCAGUUAAAGGAGCAGACCUUAAUAACGCUAAAACCUCGCGGACAAGUACUGCUAAAGGGGCACACGUUAAUUAGGCUGAGACCAAAAGGAUAAAACAAAACAUGUUUCGUU